UGCAUCCUACUCUUUGGAGACUCACUCCAGCAACUCCUCAGCACUACAGCAGCUUUGUACAGACAUUUACUGUGCUCCUGGAGGACUUAAUAAGUAAAAAUUAAAGAUCUGUGGUUAUUUUUUCAUGUGUCUGAGGGGACAUGAAGCACUUUGGAUUCUGCAUAAUUUGGCUUUGGAUGGCAAUUUUCUUCCUCUUUCCUGUUUCAACUUCUAUGGCAGCCACUGACAAGACAGUUACAGUGUGUCCUAUAAUGAGACCAGAUGGACAUCAACUUAGACAUAUCUAUAAAGAAAAUCAUGAUGUUUCAGGUUUUGAUCUAGCAGAAAGCUUUUCUCUGAGACAGGCAUCUUGUGGAGGUGAUAAAACCUGUUUUAAACUGGGAAGCACACCUCUUAUCAGAGACACUCGGCAAGUAUUUCCAAAUGGCCUUCCUGAAGAAUACUCUUUAAUAGCCACGUUCCGUGUAAGACGAAACACCAGAAAGGAACGGUGGCAUAUAUGGCAAAUUUUAAAUCAGUAUGACACCCCACAGGUGUCUGUCAUUGUUGAUGGUUCAAAAAAAGUUGUGGAAUAUAUAGCCAAAUCUGCUCAGGGAAAUGUGCUACACCACACCUUUAAAAAUCGGGAAAUUUAUCCUCUCUUUGAUCGGCAGUGGCAUAAGGUUGCCGUUAGUAUACAGUCAAGGAUUGUUUCCCUCUAUGUGGAUUGUAAAUUAAUUGAGAGAUGGCAGACUGAUCUAAAGGAAUCCAUUGACUUUCAAGGAAGGACUUUCAUUGCUGCUCGAGCUGCUGAUGACAAGCCUGUAGAUAUUGAACUUCGCCGCAUAACAAUUUAUUGUAACCCAAAAUUUGCAGCUCAAGAGACCUGUUGUGAAAUAUCUGAGGGCAUGUGCCCACUGGAGGACAGUUUCAUUACUACUUCUUCGUCACCAGUGACUGUUCAUGUCAACAAAAUACACGCUCUUCCAGUAACACAGCAGGAGUCUAAAGACCAAUGCCUCUGCUUUCCAAACAAAGGUGAAGCAGGAUUGCCAGGAGUAGCUGGUUUGCCAGGCCAAAAAGGAGAUAAAGGAGAAAAGGGUGAAGUGGGUGUUAAAGGAGAAAAUGGUGUUUCUGGUGUUCCUGGGGAAAAGGGAGAAGAUGGCUUAGUAGGUGUUCCUGGCCUUCCUGGUUCCAAGGGAGAACGUGGCUUUGAGGGUAAUAAAGGUGAAGAAGGUGAAAAGGGUGAGAAGGGAGAACAAGGAGAACCAGGACCUGAAGGCAUGCAUGGAAAAGAUGGCUUAAAAGGUGAUCCUGGUGAUCCUGGUCUGGCUGGUCCUAAGGGAGAAAAGGGAGAUGAAGGGCCUCCAGGACAAGCUGCUUUACGGGGUUUGCCAGGACUAGAAGGUCCUCCAGGUCCACCAGGUAAAGAAGGUCAGAGGGGAAGGCGAGGUAAACCAGGACUCCCUGGUAAACCAGGAUCACCAGGACCUCCGGGCCGGCAAGGAGAAAUGGGCUUAACUGGUACAAAAGGUGAAAAGGGAGAGUCUUCUGAAAAGGGAGAAAAGGGGGAUCCAGGACUGCAAGGUCCUCCAGGACCCAUUGGACCCAGAGGACAUCCAGGAGAAGUCGGUUUACCAGGAGAGCCUGGGAUACCAGGAAAACCAGGAAUUAAAGGAGAAAAGGGUGAUUCUGGUGGAAUUACAGGGCCUCCUGGACAUCCAGGUCCAAAAGGUGAGACAGGACUCCCUGGGCCAAGUCUGCCUGGGAAACCAGGUCUGGCUGGCACUCCUGGAACCCCAGGUCCACGAGGGCCUAAGGGUGAAAGAGGACUGCCUGGCAUACAAGGGUCCCCUGGAGAGAUGGGACCACUUGGAAUAGGAAUGCAAGGACCCCCUGGUCCUAAAGGUCCAUUUGGGGAACCAGGUGCACAGGGCCCUAGAGGACACCCUGGAUUACCUGGAACUCCAGGUACCCCAGGUGCUGAUGGUGCUCCGGGAUCAGAUGGGAAGCCAGGACUUCCUGGUCCUCCAGGUGACCCAAUUGCACUUCCACUUUUGGGAGACAUGGGUGCUUCAUUGAAGGGUGAUACUGGGCCGAGAGGUCCUCCAGGAAUCCCUGGUAGGGAAGGGCCAAAGGGAAGCAAAGGUGAACGUGGAGUUCCUGGGCUCUCUGGAGAGAAAGGUGAUGAGGGUCUUCAAGGUGUUCCAGGACUCCCUGGUCUAACAGGAGCUAGUGGACCUUCUGGAACAGUAGGAAGACCUGGACAUCCCGGUCCAGUUGGGGCAAAAGGUGAAAAGGGUAAUGAGGGUUCUCCUGGAAAGCCUGGAUCACCUGGACCUCCAGGUAUGCCUUACAAUGAAAGGAAUGGAAUGAGCAGCUUAUAUAAGCUACAGGGAGGUGUAAGUGUUGCUACUUAUCCUGGUCCACCGGGCCCUCCUGGUCCAAAAGGUGAUCCUGGCACAAUGGGAGAACCAGGUCCAAUGGGACUACCUGGACUAGAGGGAUUUCCAGGAGAAAAGGGAGAUCAGGGACCUGCUGGUUCACCAGGAGCACCAGGGUUAACAGGAAAGACUGGAUCUCCAGGACCACCGGGAAUGCCAGGGGAACCAGGUGAAAGAGGCCCUGUAGGAGACAUCGGCUUUCCAGGGCCAGAUGGGCAAUCUGGAAUACCAGGAAUAAAUGGAAAAGAUGGAUUGCCAGGACCUCAGGGUCUGAUGGGAAGAGCAGGUGACAGAGGUCCCAAAGGAGAACGUGUAAGUCUUGGUGUAAUAAUCCUUUCUAAGAGGAUGGCUCAGUUUGUAUCCCAACUGAAGCUGCCGGCUGCAAUGUUAGCUUCUCACGGUCAUGGGAAACCAGGUCCACCAGGAAAAGAUGGAUUACCAGGGCCACCAGGAGAACCUGGACCUCAAGGUUACAGAGGACAGAAGGGGGAAAGAGGUGAGCCUGGUAUUGUACUCCCAGGUAAUCCUGGUCCACCUGGCCCUUCAGCCACUGGUGUGCCAGGCCUCCCGGGCACUCCAGGAUCACCAGGUCCCCAGGGGCCUCCAGGGCCGAGCGGAAGGUGCAACCCAGCAGAUUGUUACUAUCACCUAUCUCAGGCUCGACAGCGUGCCAGUGGGAAAUAAACAUC